AUGGAAACUUAUGAAGCGAUGGAUGCUUGUUCACGUGCAGAAAUUCUCUGUACUCAACCAACAAUUGCCAUAUUGAAAUUAAAGCAUUUAAAUAUUGAUAAUAUAGAAUCAUUUGAAUGGCUUCAGUCUCCACCUGCUUCUAGUUUACAUGAAGCCUGUCAAAUUCUUCUUUGGCUGAAUGCACUGGAUUCACAAGGUAAAAUGACACCCCUUGGUCAAAAUAUGGCUCGUCUUGAUAUUGAUCCAAGAUUAACCGCAAUGUUAUAUAAAGGACAAGAACUUAAUUGCCUAUCGUACACAUUAAUUCUAGCAGGAAUGCUAACUGUAUCACAGAAUGUUUGGUGGAGUAGUAAAGAUCAGGAAUCGAAGGACACGGCUACACGAGCACGUGCUGCAUUUAGUCAUGAAAGUGGCGAUCAUAUAACAUUAAUAAAUGUAUAUUUAAAAUGGAGCAUAUUUUGUGUCAAUAAUAAAAAUAAAAAACAACAAAAUACAUGGUGUAAGAAUAACUCUAUUAAUGCAAAAUCAUUACAACUGGCUCAAAAUUUCAUCCGAGAAAAAGCCAAGCAAAUGGACCAUGAAAUAGAACUUUGCUAUAGUGAAGAGUUAAAUGAAGAUAUUAUUGGUCGCAUUCUACAAUGUAUAACAGCUGGUAAUUUUAUGAAUUUAGCUAUAUCAAAUGGACCAUUCAGAGCUGGCUAUCAAAUUAUUUCUGCCUUUUCCCAAAUGUCUAAUGAUCCAGCAGUAGCGCGUGUAUUUCGUACAUCCUCAUUAUGUUUAAAUGAUCAAAUGCCUAAAUAUGUUUUCUUUAAUGAAUUAUUAAAUCUCAAUGGAACUAACUAUAUUACAAUUUUGUCUUCAAGUAAUUUCGACUGGCUAAAAUCUGUCUCCCGAUCAUGGUUUACUGCUGUGAAUGGAGAUAAUUUACAAGCAAUUUCUUAUGAAAGCUGUGCAUUCGAAAAUAUCGGCGCAACUCUACUACGAGCUAUUGUUGGUAAACGAAAUUGUAAUUUGAAUAAGCUUGAAGAGACAGCUCAAGCGGUUAUUGAUAUCGAUUAUAAGCAAUCAAGAUUAACAAUAUGGUCACGUAAAGUUAAUUUGGAAAAAGCAAAGAAAAUCGUUCAAGAAGUAAUUCAGAAAGAAAACAACAACUACUCGUAG